GGCUCGACCAUACGCGCAGCCAGCUAGCUACCUAGCAGCACUGCCAUGGUUUACAUGUCGAACGCGCCGGAAGCGAGCAAGCUCGUGGCCAUGGUGGAAUCAGCUCGCGGCGGAAGCCUUCCGGUCAAGAGAGGAGACGACGCCACCGACAACGACGGGGCGAACGGCGACGUCGCCGUCCUUGACCUCUGGCGCCAGCCAAAGAUCCCGGCGCCGUUCAUCUGGCAGCGGACCGACGCGCUGCCGUCGUCGCCGAGGGAGCUGGACGUGCCCGUGGUCGACCUCGGCGCGGCGCUGCGCGACGCCUCCGGGAUGCGCCGCGCCGUCGCGCAGGUGGCCGCGGCGUGCGAGAGCCACGGGUUCUUCCAGGUGAGCGGGCACGGCGUGCCCCCGGCGCUGGCGCGCGCGGCGCUCGACGGCGCCGCCGGCUUCUUCCGCCUGCCGCUCGCCACGAAGCAGCGCGCCCGCCGCGCCCCCGGGAUGGUCACCGGCUACACCACCGCCCAUUCCGACCGCUUCGUCGCCAACCUACCCUGGAAGGAGACGCUCUCCUUCGGCCACCGCCACGGCGGCAACGACGAUUUCGUCGCGGACUACUUCGCCUCCACCCUAGGCGACGCCUUCAAACCCCUAGGCGAGGUGUACCAGGCGUACUGCGAGGCGAUGGAGGAGGUGUCGAUGGCGAUAAUGGCGGUCCUCGGCGAGAGCCUGGGGCUGGGGAGCGGCUACUACAGGGACUUCUUCGCGGACAGCUGCUCCAUCAUGCGGUGCAACUACUACCCGCCCUGCCCGGAGCCGGAGAGGACGCUGGGGACGGGGCCGCACUGCGACCCGUCGGCGCUCACCGUCCUCCUGCAGGACGGCGACGUCCACGGCCUCCAGGUGCUCGUCGGCGGUGCGUGGCGGCCCGUGCGCCCGGAGCCCGGCGCCUUCGUCGUCAACAUCGGCGACACCUUCAUGGCGCUGACGAACGGGCGGUACAAGAGCUGCCUGCACAGGGCGGUGGUGCGGCGGGAGCAGGAGCGGCGGUCGCUGGCGUUCUUCCUCUGCCCGCGCGACGACCGCGUGGUGCGGCCGCCGGCCUGCGGCGAGCGGCGGCUCUACCCGGACUUCACCUGGGCCGACUUCAUGCGCUUCACGCAGCGCCACUACCGCGCCGACACCCGCACGCUCGACGCGUUCGCGCACUGGCUCAGCCCGCCCGCCUGCUCCGGCGCCGCGCCGGCGGCCAGCCCGCCGGCGGCGACCCAGGCGGCCACCGUCUAG